AUGUCACUGCUCGGGAAGGUGCUGCGGGUCUCCAAUCGCUCCAUUCUCGCCUUUAUCUUCUUCUUUUCCUUCUCCUCAUCGUGCCUCUACUUCAUCUAUGUGGCCCCUGGGAUAGCAAACACCUAUCUCUUUAUGGUGCAAGCUCGAGGCAUAAUGUUGAGAGAAAAUGUGAAAACAAUAGGACAUCUGAUCAGAUUGUACACUAAUAAAAAUGCUACUCUGAAUGGCACAGAUUAUCCUGAAGGCAACAAUUCCAGUGACUACCUUGCUCAAACAACAAUGUAUCUUCCAGAAAACUUCACAUAUUCUCCUUACCAGGCUUGUCCAGAAAAGCUGCCUUACAUGAGAGGCCUUAUCAGCAUCAACAUGAGUGAAAUUAGUUUUGAUGAAAUUCAGGAAGUAUUUUCAAAGGAUUUAGACAUUGAGCCAGGUGGUCAUUGGAAACCAAAAGAUUGUAAACCACGAUGGAAGGUGGCAAUCCUCAUUCCUUUUCGCAAUCGCCAUGAACAUCUUCCGAUUUUUUUCCGGCACCUCAUACCUAUGUUACAGAAGCAACGGUUGGAAUUUGCCUUUUAUGUUGUUGAACAGAGUGGUACACAACCUUUUAACCGUGCAAUGCUCUUUAACGUUGGCUUCAAAGAGGCUAUGAAAGAUGUUGCCUGGGACUGUGUAAUUUUUCAUGAUGUGGAUCAUUUACCUGAAAAUGACCGAAAUUAUUAUGGAUGUGGAGAGAUGCCACGUCAUUUUGCAGCAAAGCUGGACAAAUACAUGUACAUUCUUCCAUACAAUGAGUUCUUUGGUGGUGUAAGUGGCCUGACAGUGGAACAAUUCAAAAAGAUCAAUGGAUUUCCAAAUGCUUUCUGGGGAUGGGGAGGAGAAGAUGACGAUCUUUGGAAUAGGGUUCAUUAUGCUGGAUACAAUGUAACAAGACCAGAGGGAGACCUAGGGAAGUACAAGUCCAUUCCUCAUCAUCACAGAGGUGAAGUCCAAUUUUUAGGACGGUAUAAACUCCUGAGGUAUUCCAGAGAGCGUCAGUACAUCGAUGGGUUGAACAAUUUAAUAUAUACUCCUAAAAUACUCAUCAGUAGAUUUUAUAAAAAUAUAACUGUAAACCUCAUACCAGAGCUAGCGCCUGUUAAAGACUAUUGA